AAUAAAACACACUUCAAUAAAUAAGGAGGAAGAAGAAGACCUAACAGAAAAAGCUCAUCCAUUGACAAUGGAUGAAGUGAAGCUGUUUGGAAAUUGGUCGAGUCCUUUCGUUUACAGAGUUAAAUGGGCUUUGGCCAUCAAAGCCAUUCCCUAUGAAUAUGUAGAAGAAGAUCUCUACAACAAAAGUCCUUUGCUCCUUCACUAUAAUCCUAUCUACAAGAAGGUUCCUAUCCUCGUCCAUGGCGGAAAAUCUAUAUGUGAGUCUACUAUCAUCCUCGAAUACCUCGACGAGACAUGGCCGCAAAAUCCCCUAUUCCCUGUCGAUCCCCUCGAUCGAGCUACCGCUCGAUUUUGGAUCCGAUUCGUUGAGGAUAUGGGACUAACCACAUGGAGAAUGUUCUGUUCGAAUGGGGAAGAACGCGAAAAGGCAAAGCGAGAGAGCUUGGAGAUGUUGCAGAUCGUAGAGGAGAAAGGCAUCGACGAGGGAAAGUUCUUCGGUGGAGAGAAGAUCGGGAUUAUGGAUUUGAUGUAUGGAGUAUUUGGAUAUUGGUUGGGAGUGAUUGAAGAGCUGAUUGGCGAGAAACUGAUCCAAGUAGGUUGGUUUCCUCGGCUGCAUGCUCGAAUAACAAAUUUUUUAGAAGCUUCAAUGAUUCGAGAGAAUCGUCCGGAUCGAGAUCGGAUGCUCGUCACAUUCAAAGCCCUGAGAGAACGGGUUCUUCAAUCAAAAUGAUGUUUGGCUUUUGAGUUGUAUCAGAAUGUAAUUUGAACUGCUUUAUAUCGUAUAUGUAUGUGUUUAUGUGUGUGAUAUGUUGUACUACACUUCUUAGUUGUGAUGAAUAAAAUGGCAGGGAGUGAUUUUUAUUUGGUAGGCAAAA